GCCGCGAGCGCGCCGUUCGCGUCAGUUCGUCCGUUCACAUGAGCAUUAUUUUGUUUUGUCAUUUUCUAUAUUUUAUUGUUAUCCGUAAAAGGAGAUUAGCGAGAUAGCGAGCCGCGUACGAGCGCGCGCGAGUAUCUUUCUCUCGGGGUCACGAACAAACAGCGGAGGAAACGAUAUCUCGCUCCCCGUCAUCGUUAUCACCGGACGAAGUCUCCCUAUCGGACAUAACCGCUGUAUCGAUCCGCGACACCGCUCCAUAGCCUGUCUGCCUGCCCCGGCCCGCCCGUCGCAACUCGCAACAGCGUUAUAUACAUGGUAAGAGGUUAUGUUGACUCCGUUAGCUCGCACCGCGCGAUCCUCGACGACUCGCGCGUAUUGCCCGGUGUGAAGCGCGGAUCGCGGAGGAACGGAUUGCACCUUGGAAAUUUUAUCGCGGAGACGAUCUUUGUCAGUAAGAAAAAUGGAGGGCUCGUCGAGACCCCCGGUAACACGUGUACGUGCCACCGGCCGUAAUCUCGGGCUCCUGGAACGGAGGAGUCCCUUCUUGCCGUGAAAGAGAUAUGAUGCUCCGUCGAAUGUCGUUGUCGCUGCGCACCAACGUGGGCUUCCUCCGCAGUGCUAGUCACGGAGCAGACCACCGAUGUCUUGCAGAGGAGCCGCCGUCGCCGCUUGCACGUCGAGACGAGGACACAGUCGCGAGGGCGAGGAAGCGGAAUGCGCGCCCACCAACGGGCUUUUCGCGUCGUCGAGAACGGAGGAGGUCGGUAAGAAGGACCGAAGGACCAGGAAAAAUGAGAGCUGGCACCAGACGACGUCUGGGAAGGACGUUGAUGUCGUGGAGACGGUAGCCGACUUUGAGAAAUGGCUCAAGAUGAGUAGCACGGAACCGCCGGUGUCGUCGAGCAUAGACCUGGACGCGACCAAAAUGGUGGAGGGCGUGGACCGGUAUCUGGGCGAAGAGGUGCUGUCGCACAGCUGCUUCCUGAGUAAAGAUCCAUAUGGCUUGUCCAUCGACAUCGAUCUCGCAGACGCCAAGAAGCUCAACCUGUCAUCGAGCUACGAUCCGAUACUGCAGGAUCUGACGCACAGCGAGAACCGGCUACUGGAACCACCGUGCGAGAAGGUCGUCGACGAGUUUAUGCUACCGGAGUUUCAGCUGGAUCAUUUGGAUCCAUUGGCAGCGCUCACCCCGGACGACAUGAUGGUGGCCGGUGAGAUUCUGCCGUCCGCGAGCAGCCAACCGACGUUAAGCGUGGAGAGUCAAGAUGUCGAACAAAAUAUUUCCAAAACAGAACGUCCAACGCGGAACAAUGAGAUCCCGUGCGAGAAAUCCACGCAGGUUACUCUCACGCAGCUACCGGCGAAUUUAGUCGCGAACGAGAUGGAAGAUGCGAGGACAGAACAGGAAACUGUAGCACAAUCUUCGGCAAGUUCCUCGGAGCUCUUCAUCGAGGCUCUACCGCCGAUGGAGGAGAGCUCGGCGAAUACCAUAGCGACGCCCAUGGAAAUAGCCACGCAAGACAUGGUAAUAGAACACGUGAAAAGGACGAAACUCGAACCUCGCAUCAUCAAGAAACGUCGACAGAUGAUGGAGCGCGUGGAGAAGAAGCUCGACAAGCAUAUCAACGGCAAGAGCUUUGCCGUUGAUGCGGACUCGCAGGACGGCAUGAUGGCCGUGGUUGCUAUAUCCACUGACAAGAUCUCCAACAUGACGCAGAUCGUUAUCAAUACUGGCACGGAGAAACAAAUCUAUCAAGGCAAAACCUCAGAAUUGAUCGAGGCGACAGGCAACUUCCCAAAAUUGCCCAAGAUAGAUACUUCUGCCGUGGUUUGGAACGGCACGGUUGAGUAUGGUACCGAUAAUCCGAGUAAUCCGAGUAGUCAAUAUGAAAUUGUUAUAUCCAAUGCAUUGGAGGAACUAGGCAUCACCGACGACAGCCUGCAGCCCUUGUGCGCCACUGAACACGACAAGGUGUGGCUCUGCCCACGAGACGGCUGUAACAGACAGUUCGGCAGAUUGUACACUCUGAAAGGUCAUUUGUUGGCCCACUAUGGAGUUAGACCGUUUAAGUGCGACUUCGAGGGCUGCACUUGGGCCUUUUAUUCCGAGUUCAAGCUGAAAAGACACAAGGAGACGCAUCUGAAGCGCAAGGAUUACGUGUGCGAGGUGGAAGGCUGCAAUCGUCGUUUCACCACCGUCUACAAUCUGUGGAGCCACGCGAAAUUGCACAGUCGUCCCAAUCGGAUCGUUUGCCAGGUGCCAGACUGCGGCGAGAAGUUUCAAACGAAACGAGCAUUGGAAGUACAUAUGAAAUCACACGACCAACGCCAUGCACCUUACGUGUGCCAGCACGAGGGUUGUGGCAAACGUUACUACAGUAGCAACGCAUUGACGUCACAUCAACGAUCACAUAGCUACAAGGAAGUGGACAUCAAGUGCUCGUGGCCGGGCUGCGGCAAGAUUUUCGACAAGCCAUGUCGACUCAAAGCCCAUAUGCGUUCUCACACCGGCUACAAGCCCUAUCCUUGUACUUUCCAGGACUGCAAGUGGGCCUUUUCAUCGUCCAGUAAGCUCAAGCGCCACCAGAAGAAGCACACGAAUGAGCGCAAAUUUGUGUGCGACGUGCCGGACUGCGGCAAGGCGUUUAUGCGCUCGGAACAUCUGAAAGAACACCGGCUGACGCACACGGAAGGUCGCCUCUUCGAGUGCUGUAUGUGUGAUGCCCGAUUCUCCGCCAAGAGCAGUUUGUACGUGCAUAUUAAGAAGCAUCAGCAGACCAAACCGGAUUUGAACGUGGUCAAUGAUAUGUCCGAAAGCACUCCCAAUGAUCAGAAACGCACGAGAAGAAGAGAAUCUCAUUACUCGCGAGUGAAGCCGACUAAGCCGAAGCGAUGGAACACAGAACUGAUGAACGCCGCGGAGACUAUCGCGAAGGAAAACGACGUCGAGAAGCAGGGCGCCAGCGCGUGUUCCCAGGGUGAGAAUCAAAUGGAGUGGCUAUACCAUUGUCCGAUAGAUACGUGCGGGCAUUUGAUCAGCAGCGAGACAAGUCUACGCGAGCACAUGUUAAAAGCACACAGCAUACAUUGCGACGAUUUGCUGACUAAACCGUCUUCAGACAAUGCCGACGUAGAUUACGUUUUAUAUACCGUACACAACUCACCUCCAAGUUCACCCACUGCCGUCGAAGAACAGAUGGUCAUGGUGACUCCGUGCGAUGCCGUCAUCCUUAACACCUCCUCGUCAAGAACGGAUUGUUGUUUGCCGGAACCAGAGCCGCCACCUUUCAACACCUUGCUGAAAAGCUCGGAAACGUUCCGAAAUGAUGCGCGAACUGACAAGCGGGUCGAGAAGGAAACUGUAUCGGUGAAGGAGCAGGGCUCGGCAAGGACAGAUCUAACAUAUUCCGACUGGUCUAAACUGAAGAAGAACAGUGCAUUGAUGACGUCGGUGGUAACGGAAACGUCAGACGUUGUACUGGGCGCGAGUGGUGAUUUGAGCGAGGGUCUGUUGUUCACAGAAGAAUUGCCGUCGAUGUACUAUCAGGACGAUGUGGCAGGUACGGAAUACCAGGUGCUGCUAUUAGACUCAAGUCCGCUCGAGAGUGCUAGUAAUUUGCGCGGUCUCGAGUGAUUUUCGUGAUGGACGCAAGUGAUGAUUUCCAUUAUCGUAGUCUCGAGUGAUUUUCGUGAUAGAGAGUGCUCUCGACCAAGUGAUCGUAUAAUUAUUUUGGAGACAUGGAUUAUUUUCAAUGUAGCUUAAGAGUGGCAUAAUAGUUUUGAAUAAUAAUGAUUGUUAUUAUAUUAAACAUAGCUUUUGUGGUAACUUUAACACGAUCUGUGAUCCAGGAGCUGGCCUCAGCCUAAUAUUCAUUUGUACUACGCCCAUAAUCGCUUUAAAUCGUUAUUUUAUUAAUAAAUCGUUGAUAUUUUUCCAUAAAAA